AUGCCGACUGUUUGUUGCAGGUAUCAUUCACAUCCUGGUUUUGGUUGCUGGUUAUCAGGAGUAGAUAUUAAUACUCAGCAGUCAUUUGAAGCACUCUCAGAACGUGCAGUAGCUGUUGUCGUUGACCCCAUACAAUCUGUAAAAGGCAAAGUGGUCAUUGAUGCAUUCCGUCUUAUCAAUCCAAACAUGAUGACUACAAAGAGCACUGCUGUCAAUGAGACUACUGUAACAGAGAUGUUGGAGCUUGCCAAAAACUAUAACAAAGCUUUGGAAGACGAAGAGAAGAUGACUCCUGAACAACUUGCUAUCAAGAAUGUUGGCAAACAAGAUCCCAAGAGGCAUUUAGAGGAGAAAGUUGAUGUACUUAUGUCAAACAAUAUUGUACAGAAUCUAGGAGCAAUGCUGGACACCAUGGUGUUCAAAUGA